GUAGUGGAGGACUUUUAUUAUACUUUUAUUAUACCUUUUCUUUUGUUUUAUUUUCCAUCCUAUUUUUUCAUUUCUUUAAUAACAAUCAUAGAAUUGUGAUUCAUAUGGAGAUCAUGUUUUUCUGCUAACGCACAUAAUUAUGUUUUUCUGUCUUUUCAGCAAGUACAAUGUUCAAGGAUUUAAACAUCAUGUACCAACACGUACUUUUCUAUAUGAUAAGAUAAGGGGGCUUAACGGAUGAAUCAUUAAGUUAGAAACCCAGGGAACGGUAGAGUUUUCUGAGAAACAAACCAUAUGUUUUAUGAUUAUGUUUAAUGUUUAUGUUCUUAAUCACUGACAGCUGAAGGCUAUCUUCUAAAUGACGUAGAAACGGAUGAUUGUACGUGUUUCAGCAUCUUACUAUAAAUGUAUGUUCAACCUUGUCAUCGGGGCUCUUUGGGUUUUUAAACUUCUAGCACCGUGAGGGUGAGAGCCUAUUCUGCAGAAUAUACAUAUAUAUAUAUAUUAAAUUCAGACAAAGAAAAUUCUGUAUACAGUGUGUCUGUGUGAUCCUUGACUUUGACUCCUAGUGAGUAUUAUUUGAUGCGGCUAAAAUUCCACGACAAUAAUGGCGACGAGGAUGCGGAUUCCACAGCUGUAGACUCCAGAAGGUUUGGGAGAGACUGACUGAUCAACCCUGAGACGAGAGGUCUCGGGCUCCGUACCCCAGGCCUAAGGGAAGGGAGAGUCUCAACCAGUUUCUGAAGUCAAGGCUGACGGAAUCUGGAAAAGAACCGUUGUGGUGGCAUCUGAAUAGAUAAUACGGUAAGCGUUAUUUCGUUCGUGACCAUGGGUCAGGGUAAUUCGAAAGGGGGUACAAAGUCAAUGGAUCUGGAAAAUGGCAUAUAUGCUCGAGUUAUCAAAUCAAAGGGCACGGGGGCGUUAGAAAGUGUGAACAUGUGGGAGAAAAAGUAUAACUUUCCUCCUAAAGGAACACUGAGUGUAAAAGCACUCACUUUAUUAAGGGAAAAGAUCAUUGCGGAUGGCAGAGAAAUGAGAGCGCAGAGUAAGAUAAAUACCAAGGACGAACUGGUUCAGACUAAAUCAGAGCUGAACAUUAAAGAAUGGUUAGAGGUGGCCUUGCAAAAUCAAAAAAAGCAGGAAAAAGAAAACAAAGCACAAUGUUUGCCUGCUUCAGAUUGUUUACAAGAUGAAACUAAUUCUCUGUCUUUUCCUCCUCCCUAUGCACCUGUACGUACCCCACCUGGGGUACAUUUCCAAUGCACAAGGGUACCGCUUCUGGACGAUGACCUCCAACCCCCUCCACAACGUCGCCCUCCACCACCACCUGCUCCACCAGUUCAACAACCCCCGCAGGUACAACAGCCAGCACGACAACCACCACCUUCUGCUCCCCCGCAGAUGCAAGAACAGCCACAUGGAGCAGGAUCAGAAAUCAUCGACCUCGACACCACGGUAGAGGAGGAUGAAGGGGAACCUCAGAUAAAGAAAGAACCGGGGGCAAUUCCUAAAGUGAAGGGUGAGAGGCAGAUAGUCACCAGAGGAACAGCUAAAAUCAGCCUUCAAGCACCCAUGAUCCAAGUCGCAGGGCCGGAGGGUCAACCGAUGCUGGUGUACAGGCCCUAUGGAUGGCAGGAAAUCCAGGAGAUGGGAGGACACUUUUCCCCUGUUGAGGUAGGAGGAACAGUAAUGGCUGAAGAAUUAAUUCAGUUUUGUCGAACUUAUUCACCCAGAAUCCAGGAAGUGAAAAAGAUCCUGGAAAAGAGACAUGGUUUUCGGCUGGGAACGAAAAUGACGGGGAAAUGGCCUGAUGACAGCGCACCCACACAUCCUGACUGGAACCACGACAGCAACCUGCCUUAUCGAAAUGCUGUGGAACAAAUUGCAAAGGCCCUCAAGGACAUCUACCCGGUAACAGUAAACACUCAGAGACUGACUCAAACUAAGCAAAAACCCGAUGAACCGGUUGAAGAAUAUCUGAAUCGUUUAACCACCGUAUUUGAACAAUGCUCAGGAAUGUUGAAACCAGAGGGAGUAAACAUCAACACGGGAGACGUAACAUCAUGGGAAUCUUAUCUCAAGCAGAUGUUCCUGGGAGGACUUCAACCUGACAUUUCAGCAAAGGUAAAACAAACCUGCAUCGGGUGGGAGUCGGGAAAACUGGGCGAGGUUGUCACACAUUCUCUGCACGCUGAACGCCUGCUAGAUGAAGACAAACGAAAAAAGCAGAGAAAGGCGGACCAACAGUUAUCUUCAGCUUUUGCCAAGAUAGGAGAAUGGACACAGCCACAACAAACCCAGCGCAAUUUCUCUUCACAAGGACAACGCUUCCGAGACAACGGACAGCAGAAAGAAAAGGAGAAGAGGAGAGGAAAACAGUGGCCGGAAGACCCAAAAGAAAAAAUUUGCUGGUAUUGCGGGAAGAAAGGACAUUUGAAAUCCCAAUGUUUCCAUUUCUUGAAAACUCAAGGGACAGAGGAUUUCCAAGCGGGCGCGGGAAACUUGCCGGCGUGUAAGGAAAAGGGCGACUGAGGCACGGAGGGGGAAGGGGAGCAUCGUACGGAGGCGGGUUAAAGCAGCACUACCACGCCCCGCAGAAGGGCCGCUGCACAACAUCAAACCAGGAGAUUUCGUGUUGGUGAAAAACCUGAGGAGGAAAUCCUGGAAGGCAAGACGGUGGGAAGGACCAUUUCAGGUUCUGCUAACAACUC